GCCCCUGCUUCGGGGUCCGGCGAUGAACGACGAGGAGGAGAACUCGGACAGCACCCCGCUCCUGCCGAGCGCCCGGCAGGCCGAAGCGGAAAAUGAAUGAAGUCCAGGAUGGCUCCCCCUCUGAUGCAUCCAAACAGGACAGCAUCCCGGAGACCACCAGACAAAUGCAUCAUCUAAAGAUAGGUGACAGACCCGUCAAGAGGACUCCAGCAUGCUGCUCUGCUCGUUACAACUUAGCGGUUCUGGCUUUCUUUGGUUUUUUCGUUCUUUAUUCAUUACGUGUGAACCUGAGUGUUGCGUUGGUGGACAUGGUAGAUUCAAAUACAACUCUGACCGAUAACAGAACUUCCAAGGAGUGUCCAGAACAUUCUGCCCCCAUAAAAGUUCACCACAAUCAUACGGGUAAAAAGUACCAGUGGGAUGCAGAAACUCAAGGAUGGAUUCUUGGCUCCUUUUUUUACGGCUACAUCAUCACACAGAUUCCUGGGGGGUACAUGGCCAGCAGGAUUGGAGGCAAGCUGCUGCUGGGCCUUGGUAUCCUGGGCACUUCUGUCUUAACUCUGUUCACACCCAUGGCUGCAGACUUGGGAGUGGUGGCCCUCAUCGUGCUGAGAGCCCUGGAAGGAUUAGGAGAGGGCGUUACGUUUCCAGCCAUGCAUGCCAUGUGGUCUUCCUGGGCUCCCCCUCUUGAAAGAAGCAAGCUGCUUACCAUUUCCUACGCAGGAGCACAGCUUGGGACAGUAAUCUCACUUCCUCUCUCUGGAAUAAUUUGCUUCUAUAUGGAUUGGACCUACGUCUUCUAUCUUUUUGGUAUAAUUGGAAUAGUUUGGUUUAUUUUAUGGAUGUGGCUAGUUAGUGAUACACCAGAAACUCACAAGACAAUCUCCCAUUAUGAAAAAGAAUACAUUGUGUCAUCGUUAAAAAAUCAGCUCUCUUCCCAGAAGGUGGUGCCAUGGGUGUCCAUCUUGAAGUCACUACCACUUUGGGCGAUUGUCAUUGCACAUUUUUCCUACAACUGGACCUUUUAUACGUUACUGACAUUACUGCCCACUUAUAUGAAAGAAAUCCUAAGGUUCAACGUUCAAGAGAAUGGGAUUUUAUCUGCAUUGCCUUAUUUUGGCUGUUGGAUAUGCAUGAUUCUCUGUGGCCAAGCUGCUGAUUACUUAAGGGUCAAGUGGAACUUUUCAACUAUAAGUGUUCGGAGAAUUUUUACCUUUGUGGGAAUGGUCGGCCCUGCGGUUUUCCUGGUCGCUGCUGGAUUUAUCGGCUGUGACUAUUCUUUGGCUGUUGCAUUCCUGACCAUAUCCACGACGCUAGGAGGCUUUGCCUCUUCUGGGUUUAGCAUCAACCAUCUGGAUAUAGCUCCUUCGUAUGCUGGUAUCCUCCUGGGCAUCACAAACACAUUUGCCACUAUCCCAGGAAUGAUUGGGCCCAUCAUUGCCAAAAGCCUGACCCCUGAUAACACUAUUAGAGAAUGGCAGACUGUGUUCUGUAUCGCUGCUGCUAUUAACGUGUUUGGUGCCAUUUUCUUCAUACUUUUUGCCAAAGGGGAGGUGCAGAAUUGGGCUCUCAGUGACCACCACGGACACAGAAACUGAAGAGGACAACGAAUAAUAACUAAUGUACUUUUAUUUAUCAUGUAAACUGAAAGUGCCUUUGGUAUUUUAACAUGUAAGCAUUCUAUGAGAGAAAAAUAGUACUUGUAUUACAUUUUUAAGGUGAUCAUGAAAUGUUACUAGUUGCGAGAUUAUUUAAAAUGAGCUGUUUUUAAUUAUUAAUAAUGUAUCUGCCAGACCUUAUAUUGGGGUUCACAUACCCAGCUGCAAGUUAGGCAGCAUGAUAUAAGGGAGGAUUUAAGACAGUGUUUCUCGGCUGGUCAGUGGUGGCGCACGCCUUUAAUCCCAGGUAGGCAGAUCUCUGAGUUCAAGGCCAGCCUGGUCUACAGAGUGAGAUCCAGGACAGCCAGGGCAACAACAACAACAAAAGACAGUGGUUCCCAACUUGUGGCUCAUGACCCCUUUAGGAGUCAAAUGACCCUUUCACAGGAGUCACCUAAGGCCAUCAGGAAACACAAACAUUUACAUUAUGCCUCAUAACAG